AAUGUAAGUAUAUAUUCAGCUUUCAUUCAGGCAUCUUCGCGAACAGUCACCUGGCGUCGCGUCUGCAGAGGACCCCGCAGUCCACUAUGGCGGCGCCCGGUGGAACUUUAAACUGUGAGGACUUUUCAAUGUUUCAGGAGGUGCUGAAGGUGAUGCGAACCAUAGAUGACCGCAUCGUCCAUGCCCUGAACACCACCGUGCCCACAGUCUCCUUCUCAGGCAAAGUGGAUGCCACAAAAACAUGCAAACAACUCUACGAAUCUAUGAUGGAGGCCCAUCUGAGCAGAGACAAAGCUAUCAAGGCCUGUAUAGCCCAAACAUCUGAGGUGGUCGGACAACUGCGCGAGGAAAGAGCAAAAGACGGGGAAAACCUGGCAGUCAACAAGCAACUCAGAAAGGAGCAGACCAAAUUAAAGCUCAUGCAGUCAGAGCUGAAUGUUGAAGAAGUUGUCAAUGAUAGAAGUCUGAAGGUUUUCAGUGAAAGGUGCAGAAUCCACUACACGCCUCCCAAGGUGAAGUGAAGCUCUGUCUGGCGAGAUGAGCCGCUUCGCUUGAGGUUCAAACCCAGACUGCAGCUGUGACUGUGACCCGCUGCUGAGUCGUGACCGCAGGCUGUUCACCAUCCAGACCUCUCUGACCUCUUCUCCGACUUCUAUUCCACCGUGAUUAUGUAUUGCAUUACCACCGCUGUAAAACAGUCAUCUGUAUUCUUCUUUGAUGAGAAACAUUGUACAAAAUCAGUUUUUUAAAAAGACAGUGAAAUGUUUUCAAGUGACACAAGUUGUCCGAGUGAUUCAGUUGUUUUUUUACAUCCAAAAAAAUGAGUGAUACAGUUUAAUCUGGGCUGUCUUAAAUUCUUGUGCAAAUCAAUACAGAUUUUUGGGAAGAAUGU